AAACCUGCAAAAUCUAUUCAUCUCUCUCCUCUUCUUGAUCAUCUCCUCUGCUAAAACCCUCUGUUUAUUACAAAAAUGGCCGGAUUAGGAGUCACCAGAGCUGGAAUUGCUUGCGUUAUGCUGGCCUUGUUCAUGGCUAUGCCAACCCUGGCCACUGUUUACACUGUUGGUGACACUUCUGGCUGGGCUACGGGUGUCGAUUAUAGCACCUGGACCAAAGGCAAGACCUUUGCAGUUGGUGAUAGCCUCGUGUUCAAUUAUGGAGCCAGUUCGCAUACGGUGGAUGAAGUGAGUGCUAGUGACUACAACACGUGCACUGUGGGCAACUCAAUCAGCACAGACCAAAGUGGUGCCACCACCAUCCCUCUCAAGACUGCCGGAACCCAUUACUUCAUCUGUGGUGUGGUCGGGCACUGUGGGAAUGGCAUGAAGCUGGCGGUCACUGUGGCGGCAGCAGCCUCACCGUCGGGUAGCACUACACCUGCAAGUGGUGGCAACAGAACAGUGACCACUCCUACGACCAGUACUAGUACACCCACUACUACCAUGGAAGCGUCCUUUUCUGGGGUUGUCUCCCCAGUAGUUGAGGGUUUGGUGAUGACUGUGGUUGCAUUCUUUAUGUUGGUUGUGUCAUAAUAAUAAGUAGGGACCAGGAUAGAGGCAGUGCACACUUUUCACCGUUUUUCUUACGCCAUGUUUGCUUGCUUUGUUUUCAUAAAUGAGUUACCUUUACUUGUUCUGCUUGUGUUAUACUGAUUAAUCAUGUAACUCUCAUCUCUUUGCACACACAUUCCACAUGUGAAGUAAAGCAAUAUCCAACCC